AUGAGCGGCGACACCCCGGCGCUGUACCAGGUGCUGCCGGAGCGGCGCGUGGGGUUAACGGCCGGCAUGAUGGCGUCCACGCACGUCUACGACAUCAACGCCGCCAACCCAGGCAAGCGAGCAGCAGCCGGCGCAGGCACGACUAGCGAGGCGGGCGCGGGCGCGGCGUCGGGCCCGGGCGCCGUGGAGGUGGCGCUGGACCCGUCCGAGCUGGAGUUGGAGCCCGAGGCCGUGGCCGCGCGCUACGAGCGGCACCUUCGCGAGCACCGCCCGAAGGCGCGCGAGGACCUCUCCGAUAUGUUGGCGGACCACGUGGCCAGGCAGAAGAACAAGCGGAAGAGACAACAGAAUACAGACGCAAAACAAGCAAAGAAAUACAAAGAGUUCAAGUUUUAAGAGAGAUAAUCAUAUUAUUAUACUAAGUAAAAUAAAUCUAGAAUUAAGACCAA